UUUCAGUAAGGGGGGCACUAGGUUGCUCUGCACAAAACUAGGCACCUCGUACCAAAGGAACCGUUAAAUGCCUUCUUUAAAGUGAUAAAAGCCAAAAAUAUGGUACACGUCACCGUCUUUCUUUACAUCCUCGCUCUUACUGGCAGUGUAUCAGCCAUUCCAUAUGAAGAUGAUCCUCAACACUUUCCUCGACAAAUUGCUAGAGAUAUGAUUGCAAUUAAUGAAAAAAUGUUUGCAAAAAGCAGAAGCACCUCCUUCGCCACUGUCGCUCCAUGUUUUUCCUUGGCUAAAAUGCAGGCAGUGCGCACUGGGCACUAUUACAACGUAUCCUACAUAUUUCCUCAACGAGUACUCAACACGUUCACUACAAUACUCACCACUAUAGGCACCAGUCCCCAUACGGUAGCCAACGCCGUAAAUUUCAAGGUUUUACGAGAUGGUCCCCGUAUACGUUUCAAGAUCAUGUAUAUCGACCCGAGCAAGAACUGCAUUAUUCUUAUAAAGGAACCAUAUGGUCCGGAACGACAAUGCCUCCUGCUGCAAACAAGUUCAACAGUUGACAGAGACCCUCCAGUGGACUGCCAAACUAUUUACAGGAAUCAUUGCAGCCAAUGUUCUACUGAUGUUUAUUAUUAUAGUUGCAAAUCUGUCCUCGUGAGCACUAUGAGCAAACCAGGCACGCGUUUGGUUUUCCCACCUGGCCGGAUGCAUUUUCUGGGAAAAAAGCAACGUUGUUAAGAAAACAUGAACUUCUUUUGCGCAGAGUUCAUUAUUCGGCGUAGUAUUUGAAUAAAAUAAUAUGCAACAGA